CGUUAUAAUUUGCAAAUUUAACUACUACCAUCAGUUAAUACAUGCACCAUUUUUAUUUCAUCUUGUUAUAUAUACGUUAUAUAUACAUGUAUAUACGUAUAUACAUAACAGAGUUCACUUAAACACACAUAUGAAGGUAUUCACGAUAAGCGAAUAUCCUUCGUUCGGUAAUAAUCCCCCGUUAAAUCGUGUGCGAUCCAUAAAGUUAUCAUAUUUCGUGCUCUCGGUUAUAUUUACAAUACUAUUUAGAUUCGCAGUCAUUGGUACACUUGCAAUUGCUCGAUAAUAUAACGCAAAUAUCAUUGACACGAGGGUCAUACUGUUGCGGACUCUGUAAUUCCUUUGGGAAUAGAAAAAGGCCAACUCUUAACGAUAAAUUUGAAUGCGGAUUGCAAAACGUGAGAGUAUUACGCGAGAUAAAGAAGUAGAAAGAGAGAGAAAUGUUUACUCUUGUUCAUCCACGAACAACCCUUUUGCUCUCUUGAAACUUAGGAAACGUAGAGAGAGUCGCUCUUAACGUGCCAUUGAUAAUGGAAAGGAAAAAAAGGAAAAGAGAAGAGAAAGUAGAAUAUGAGAGGAUAAAAAAAAGGAUGCGGAAACAAGAAAAAAAAUGUCAUACAAUAUCCCGGAACAAGAGAUAACGCUUCGUGUGUCACUGAUAGAAGUACGUAGGUGGGGAACACAAGACACGAUGCGGGAUAAAUACUGGCCCGAAAUCGUGCGGAAUUCAGUCUCAAUUCUGGUGUACUAUCAUCGUUAACGUUUUUCUAUAGACUAGAAUUUAUUACGGAAGAAUUGCAAGGAUCGAUCGAUCAUAAUAUAAUUCGAACGACGUGGAAUUUAAAUAGAAAAAGAAAUUGAUAAUAUGUGAGAGGAUCGUUUAGCGAACGUAUAGUUAUUAAAAUAAUUUGGAUUGGCCUUACUAAAUCAUGCUCCUAGUGAUCCUUUUUCUUUACUUACUUCAUCCCUUAGUGAACGGCAAUUUAAACAGAACGAAUUGGCCGAAAAAAAUCUUUAACAUUUAUUGGAACGUUCCUACCUAUUUUUGUCAUCAGCAUGACGUCUACUUCAAUGAGUUGACAAAAUUUGAUAUCAAAUAUAAUCCUAAGGGAAAUUAUCGCGGUGAUACGAUAUCACUCUUUUAUGAUCCUGGAAAUUUUCCUGCUAUGGUGCCACUCAAAAAUGGCACAUAUGACAUAAGAAACGAAGGAGUUCCUCAAAAAGGUAACAUCACAGUUCAUCUUCAACAAUUUACCAAAGAAUUAGAUGAAAUAUAUCCAAAGAAAAUUUCCGGUGGUAUUGGUGUGAUAAACUUUAAUAAAUGGAGACCAAUCUUUCGACGCAAUGUGAAUAAUUUAAAGAUAAAUAAGGAGGUUUCCAUAGAUCUUGUUCGCAAGGAACAUCCAAAAUGGGAUAAAUCAAUGAUCGAAACGGAAGCAUCGAAUAGAUUCGAAAAAUCUGCCAGAAUAUUUAUGGAAAAAACUUUAAAAUUGGCGAAGGAUAUUAGGAAUAAAAAUAAAUGGGGUUAUCACGGGUAUCCCUAUUGUCCUACUGCUUCAACUGGUAAUCCUAGCUUUGAUUGUGACGCUCUAGCGAUGAACGAGAACGACAAGCUAUCGUGGCUAUUCAAGUAUCAAGAUGUACUUUUGCCAUCCGUCUAUGUGAAACAUGUUCUAAAACCAGAGGAAAAAAUUGGUCUAGUACGAGGAAGCGUGAAAGAAGCUGUUAGAAUCUCAAAAAAAUUUGAACAUUUACCUAAAGUACUAUCUUAUUGGUGGUACGCAUAUGAAGAUAAAAUGGACACUUUUCUUACCGAGACCGACGUGAAAAAUACUUUCCGAGAAAUUCUUAUUAAUGGUGGGGAUGGUAUUAUUAUAUGGGGUACCAUGCAUGACUUAAACAAAGAGAAAUGUGAAAAAUUGAAACAGUACUUAUCGACGAUUUUGGGACCAAUCGCUUUUAAAGUGAUGGAAGCUGUCAAAAAAAGAACACCAUUAAACUUUUAAUACAAUCUAUAACCUAUUACCGAUGGUGAUAGAGUGCGUUCAAUGAUCUGCUUUGUAAAUAUUACUAGUAUUGCAACGAUACCAUCACAUUGAAAAGAUUUGUCACAAACAAAAAAUAAAACUGUAAUUUACAAGAUCACAACAUUAAUAAUCAAAAUAAGAAAAUAAUUAAUAAUCAAAUUAGUAAAAAUAAGUAUAUAUCAAAAAAUAUUGUGUCUGACGUCCAUAUAUGUAUUUAAUUUCCUUUGUGACUAAAACCAAUAAAUGUAUUACUUCGCAUUAAGA